AUGUCAGGAGCCCGCGUCAGAGGUACUCUGCGGAUAUGGAGCCCUGGUUUGGGGCUGCCCUGCUCCAUCACCCUCCCUGCCCUCCACAUCGGCAGCAGCCCCAAGGCCAGUGCAGGGGCUCGUCCCGUGUGCUUAGAGGUGUACGAGAAGCCGGUGCAGGUGCCCUGCGGACACGUCUUUUGCUCUGCAUGCCUGCAGGAAUGUCUGAAGCCGAAGAAGCCUGUCUGUGGGGUGUGUCGCAGCGCUCUGGCACCUGGCGUCCGAGCCGUGGAGCUCGAGCGGCAGAUCGAGAGCACAGAGACCUCUUGCCAUGGCUGCCGUAAGAAUUUCUUCCUGUCUAAGAUCCGGGCCCACGUGGCUACCUGUUCCAAAUACCAAAAUUACAUCAUGGAAGGUGUGAAAGCCACCACUAAGGAUGCAUCUCUUCAGCCAAGGAAUGUCCCAAAUCGUUACACCUUUCCUUGUCCUUACUGUCCUGAAAAGAACUUUGAUCAGGAAGGACUUGUGGAACACUGCAAGUUAUCCCAUAGCAUGGAUACCAAAUCUGUGGUUUGUCCGAUAUGUGCCUCGAUGCCCUGGGGAGACCCCAACUACCGCAGCGCCAACUUCAUAGAGCAUAUCCAGCGCCGGCACCAGUUCUCUUACGACACUUUCGUGGAUUACGACGUCGAUGAGGAGGACGUGAUGAACCAGGUGCUGCAGCGCUCCAUCAUCGACCAGUGAGCAUCCAUGCUGUCCAUCGUGUUCCAGAGCUCCUAUGACCCAUUCGACCUGAAACCUUUGACUCCUACACCGUCACUGUAUGACAGACCUGAAAUGAGCCAUGGCACUGGGACAGGGGUAGCGGGUCCCCUACCAGAGCUCCCCUACUGUUAGCCUUGUUUGUCACGUGGUCUGGUCCUUCUUGGUUCUUAUUACUUCCGGGAGUUUCUGCCGCCUCUUGGGGAAGACACCAGCCUCUCCCCUGUUCUGUUUCAUGCUUGCUCCUCCUUCUAGUUCAUCUCUCAGGUCCUCCAAGCCACCCAGGACCUUUUCUGGGUCAUGAAUAGCACAACGAAGCAGCCAUCUCUUUUCCUUGUCCCCAAGGCGUGUGGACCCUGGCAGCAGUGCCCCUGACCAGAGCUAUGGCCCCUGAUGGGUUGCGGGGUGGCCAGAAGCUGGGGGCACCACCCCAGGGUGCAUUUCACCAGGCCUUGGGGUAAAUGUCUGGGCUUAGCAGGGUCUGAUGCCGGAAGUGUUGAUAAGUGACAUUUUCCUGCUGCUCUUACACAACCUUAGAGUUAAGUGGUUCAGUCUUAAAUGCCUGCAUGGUGCCUUUUUAGGAUAAGGUGUAACCGUAUAUUUCUAGUGGAAGUCUUUGUAGGUUAGGAAAGUUCAAUCUGUUUUAUCCUUCGGUGGGGAGAGGGUGGCUGACAUGCGGGAGGGCUCUAGCCUUUUUUUGGUUUUGAUUUUCAAACUGAUGAGUAUUUUCAGAAGGCAGCAUCGGGGCCUGCCUGUAUUCUUAUCCUUGAAGCACGAAAAGGAGUCCUCAGAUGAAAAAGAGGAGGCUUGGAGGCUCCAGUGGAUACGUGUUCGUUUAUCUUCUACUUGGUAACUUAGAUUAAACUGACCAUUGCUUUUCUGUCACAAAUGGUUUCCUGUGACAUGACAUUGUGUUCGGCAUGUAAAUCCUUGAAAGCCUGCUUUCUGAAUGCAGAGAAGCGCAGGAGACCCAGCAUGCCCCAUCUGUCUGAGGACACUCCUGUUCGUGAGGCAUGGCACCUGUCGGAACGGUGGUGAUGAGGGCCAUCUCUGGACACUUGCCCUGGCAAUGCUCAGAAUCCUGCCACUUGGCAUGUCCCGUGAACAGUAGUCACAGAAGGCCGAGGGCUGGUUGCCCGGCCUGAGGAAGCAGAGCCUCUGACUGAUCAGAAGGCAAAUGGACUUAGGCAGAUUCUUUGUGUCAUGCAUCUCGAGUCUGGGCGUGGAUUCUUUUUUGGCCUGUGGCUGGCGUUGCGAGUGACCACAGGUGCGGGACUGUCACUGCUGCUGUGGGCCUCUCCUGCCUGCCCAUGCAGAGCUGCCGGUGCCUGGUGACCGGCGAAGAUGAGGCUGCUGAGAAAAUAGUUCUUUCAUUGCUGUUACUGGAGAGGACCCAGGGGUUAAAGUCAGCCUCUUCACUGUCAUUUUUGGAAGAAGUUCACUCAGACCUCCCUGAAUUGAGAUCAUCUCAGCAGUUUGAAGGGAAAUUGACAAAAUUCACACUUGAGGGGACUGAUGUGCGCGUGUGUCCAUCUCACAGUGGGACAAGAAACUUCUUAUCUCUUAAGUGCACUUCAUGUAUUUCUAAUAAGAUGACUUUCCAGAAAGUGAGAUUUGUUAUGUUCUGGCUUUUAAAAGAUGAAAUAUAAAUAAAUUUCAUAACUUAUCCAA